AUGAUAACCAGAUCCAGGAAAUUGAAGCGCGAGCUCGAGCUGGAGCCACCUCCGGUCAUUGUCACUAAGAAGCAUAGGCAGAAGUUGCCUCGCCGGCGAAGGCAAAACUUCUCUCCCGUUCUUCUAGUCAGCGACUCUUGCCAGAAUCCUCGUUUCUCUGUGGAUUCCAGUUCCGGCUCUGACUUCGCUGUCGGCGUUGCUUCUUGUAACUCCAGCAGAGCUUCCAUCGCCGGCAAGGAAAACAUGAACUCGAGAAAUGAAUCAUCGAUCGAUUCAACGAGAAAUCAGAGGUUUGAGAAACGAAACGAGAACGAAGUAGAGGUUUCGGAGUCUUCGUGUGCGGACUCCAAUUCAUUCGCUCGAGAUCGAAGCAGGAGGUCAAUUCUGAAAUUCAAAAGUGGAAGAGAAUAUAAUAGUCUGAGAGGAGAAGAUGACGUUUCGGAUGUUUGCAUAAAGUCGGAUAUUACUGGUAUUCUGAAGUUGAAUAGCGGAAGCAAGAGUAAGAACGUAAAAAAAAAUGACGACGUUUCGUGCGGGAAAUCAGAGAUAACUUGCGAGGACCAGUUCAAUUCGAAGUCAUCCAGUGAUGGGAACGGAAACAUGAAAAUUUCUUCGGAGUCAAACGGAAACGACGCCGUGUCGUUUAGUUCAUUUGUUCGCGCGUCGUUAGAGGAAGAAAAGGAUAGCAGCAAGGAAAACAGAGCGUUGGAAUGUGAAUACUCUGUAGGCUCUAAACAUCUACACGCGGAAGAGAAUUGCGCGGAUUUAGUAGCGCAAUCGAUGACGAGGCAGGAAUCGGAUAAUUACGACGUCGUUGCGGACCUCACUUGCUCUGAGGAACUGCGUUUCUCAUACUGUGAUGACGAUGACGAAUCGGAAUACUGUUCCAGUCAGGGAACUGUGUUCUCUGAAUUUCAUUCUGAGAUUUUCGGUGAAUGCUCGCAGCAGGGGCUUUCAGAUUACACUCCGUCGCUGUUCGUGGAUUCUGGAAGCCAGUUUUCCGAGGGAUCCGUCGGAGAAACAUCUUCACCAACGUAUUUGUUGUUCCUUCAGUAUCGCAAGGAGUUCACGACUCUAACUUCUGCUUCUGCAGUGGUGAACUCUUCUUCAAGUGACGAAGAUGAAGCCGAUUUUGUGAGAUUCGAAGAUUCUGAUGACGAAGACAGCUACCAGAUGCUGAGGAAGAGGGAGAGGAAGCAAGGUUUUGUGUCGAAUUAUGGUGAAAGGUAUUUCUCUACCACUGAAUUCGGAGAGACCGUGCUUGAACAACGUGCGCAAAUGGUUCACUGGAUCGUUGAGUUGUUGGACUUUGAAUCGAGUGUAGAGUUUGUUUACGAGGCCUUAUUUCUUGAAAUUUGGCAGCAAUCUUGUCGAAAACAGCUUCGGCAAGAGACGAUUUUUCUUGGCGUCAACCUACUUGACCGUUUCCUAAACAAAGGAUACUUCAAAGCCCAAAAACGCCUUCAAAUUGUUGGAAUAGCAUGCCUCACGUUAGCAACCAGAAUCGAAGAAAAUCAGCAAUACAACAGGGUGGGGCAAAGCAAUUUCAACGUAGGAAGCAAUAGGUACAGCAGAGGCGAGGUGGUAGCCAUGGAAUGGAUGGUGCAGGAGGUGCUCAAGUUUCAGUGCUUUCGGCCCACCAUCUACAAUUUCUUGUGCUUUUACCUAAAAGCAGCCAAUGCUGAUGCAGUCGUUGAGAAGAGGGUCAAGUAUCUGGCAGUGCUGACACUGUCAUCUCAUGAGCAACUGUGUUACUGGCCUUCAACAGUUGCUGCAGCACUUGUAGUCCUGGCUGGUCUUGAAUUCAAUCAAAGUUCACCGCUCAAAGUAAUCGGGAUCCACGUUAGAUCAAAAGAUGAGAAUUUGUACGAGUGCAUAGAGAGCCUGGAAACGCUGUUGCGCUACAUAGGAUAACGCACUAGUUAGAGAGGAGGCAUUAAGGCAUUGCCCAUACAACUCAUAUGGUGGCAAUUGUUCCUAACCA